UCGCCCCGCAACCCCAUUCCCGUCACGCCGUCUCCCGAAGCAUCCCCUCCCAAAACCCUCGCCGCCGUCUCGCAGUCGCAGGCAGCCGCAGCGGCAGCGCAGCCGAAACCCUCCUCGCCCCGCGCCCGGUACUAGCCACGCAUGGCGGCGUCGCUGCUCCUCCGCGCCGCGCGGCGGCGGGAGCUCGCGUCCCCUCUCGGAUCUCUGGGCGCCAGCUUACAGUCGACAUGUGCUGCCAAUGUGUUCUCAAAAUGGGGUAAUUUUGCAAGACCUUUCAGUGCAAAAUCAGCUGGAAAUGAGGUUAUUGGAAUUGAUUUGGGAACAACUAACUCAUGUGUUGCUGUUAUGGAGGGAAAGAGCCCAAAAGUUAUUGAGAAUGCCGAAGGUGCGCGGACAACACCAUCUGUUGUUGCUUUUACUCAGAAAGGUGAAAGGCUUGUUGGAACUCCGGCCAAGCGCCAGGCAGUAACCAACCCUCAGAAUACUUUCUUUGGAACAAAGCGGUUGAUUGGGCGCCGCUUUGACGAUCCACAGACACAGAAAGAGAUGAAGAUGGUGCCGUACAAAAUUGUGAAGGCUCCUAAUGGUGAUGCUUGGGUUGAAACAACAGAUGGCAAGCAGUACUCGCCAAGUCAGGUUGGUGCAUUUGUGCUGACCAAGAUGAAGGAGACAGCUGAAUCUUACCUUGGCAACUCUGUCUCGAAGGCAGUGAUUACUGUUCCUGCUUAUUUCAAUGAUGCUCAGCGUCAGGCCACAAAGGAUGCUGGCCGCAUUGCUGGCCUUGAUGUUGAGAGGAUCAUCAAUGAACCAACAGCUGCUGCUCUGUCUUAUGGAAUGAACAACAAGGAGGGUUUGAUAGCAGUCUUUGAUCUUGGAGGAGGAACUUUUGAUAUCUCUAUUCUGGAGAUCUCAAAUGGAGUUUUUGAGGUCAAAGCGACAAAUGGUGAUACCUUCUUGGGUGGUGAAGAUUUUGAUAACACACUGUUGGAAUUCUUGGUGAGUGAUUUCAAGAAAACUGAGGGCAUUGAUCUGUCCAAGGACAGGUUGGCCCUGCAGAGACUUCGUGAAGCUGCUGAGAAGGCAAAGGUCGAACUUUCAUCAACUUCUCAGACUGAAAUCAAUCUACCAUUCAUAACAGCUGAUGCUUCUGGAGCAAAGCAUUUGAACAUCACAUUGACAAGGUCAAAGUUUGAAGCUCUUGUGCACAACCUGAUUGAGAGGACUAGGGAUCCAUGCAAGAAUUGCUUGAAGGAUGCUGGAAUAUCCACUAAGGAGGUGGAUGAAGUUCUGCUUGUUGGUGGAAUGACCAGGGUUCCAAAGGUACAGGAGGUGGUCUCUGAAAUUUUUGGAAAGAGCCCAAGCAAAGGAGUCAACCCAGAUGAGGCUGUGGCCAUGGGUGCUGCCAUUCAGGGUGGUAUUCUCCGUGGAGAUGUUAAGGAGCUUCUUCUCCUUGAUGUUACUCCCCUGUCACUUGGUAUUGAGACACUGGGUGGUAUCUUCACCAGAUUGAUCAACAGGAACACUACAAUUCCCACAAAGAAAAGCCAGGUGUUCUCAACUGCUGCAGACAAUCAAACCCAAGUUGGUAUCCGUGUGUUGCAAGGUGAGCGUGAGAUGGCUGCAGACAACAAACUUCUUGGUGAAUUUGACCUUGUGGGCAUUCCUCCGGCCCCAAGAGGUCUGCCUCAGAUUGAGGUCACAUUUGACAUAGAUGCCAAUGGAAUCGUGACCGUCUCUGCCAAAGAUAAGGCCACUGGAAAGGAGCAGAAUAUCACCAUCCGAUCCUCUGGUGGGCUGUCUGAGUCUGACAUCCAGAAGAUGGUCCAAGAAGCUGAGCUGCAUGCCCAGAAGGAUCAGGAGCGGAAAGCCCUCAUCGACAUCAGGAACAACGCAGACACCACUAUCUACAGCAUCGAGAAGAGUCUAGGAGAGUACAGGGACAAGAUCCCAGCCGAGGUUGCAUCUGAGAUCGAGGCAGCCAUCGCUGACCUCCGCCAGGAGAUGGCCUCAGAUGACAUUGAGAAGAUCAAGGCCAAGCUUGAGGCUGCUAACAAGGCUGUCUCAAAGAUCGGGCAGCACAUGUCUGGCGGUGGCUCAGGCGGUUCGCAGUCAGGAUCUGGACCUCAGAGCGGUGGCGAUCAGGCUCCAGAGGCUGAGUAUGAGGAGGUCAAGAAGUGAGUUGAAGGGAUUGAACAGUAGCAUCCCUUAGAAAUAGCCACUCUUUUUUGGGAACACAAGAUAGUCAGAUGUGAUGUAACCUGUUCUGUAAUAAUCCUUUGGAUUUGCCCCCUUGUUUCUCCUCAGCAGUGAUGUGAGGUCACACAACAUUGUCUGGUAGGUCAUGGCUUUGUUGCGUAUGGUGCCUUGUCCAGGCCUUGAUCCACGAGCACAGUGAACCAUUGGCGGAUUUUGCUAAUGCACGAAGGUAUAUUUGUUUCAGAUU